AUGUGCUGGCCCCCGAACAAUGCCCAUCGACAACGCGUGCGCGCUCUGGCCCGCCGCCGCCGCCGCCGCCGCCGCCGCCAGCAGCAAACAAACAAGCAACAACAACAACAAACAGCACGACACCUGCGCGGCCCCGCUGGUCGCAUGGCCAGGCUCUGUGCGUACGUACUAACGUUAGUAAAGACAUCUGUGGUCGGUCGCCUUGAGACAUUGCUCUGCACAGCGCAGCUCCUUCAUCACAGUAGUAUCACACUCUCCGGAAGGGCGGCUCUCGACUGCCGCCUCCGAACAACAAGGCUCAACCCGGAGUAUAUCGACGACACAUAUCACUGUCGCUCGCCUCGUCGGUCAACCGGCGAACCGCCCGCCCGUCCGCCCGCCCGCGCGCUUCAGUCCGGGCCAAUUGUCGAGGCUCCCAGCAGGUCGGGCUCGCCCUCUCCUCUCAUUGAUAGCGUGACAAUGGCUUUGUCAAGCCACGUCAUUUCGCAGCUCCCCACGUCCCCCGACCAGUUCCUCGGGAUGUCCGUGCUUUUUUUUUACUUUUCGUUUUAG